AUGCCUACCUUAAACGGGUUUGCCGAUUUCAAUCCAGACGUAGAUAUUCCUUCGCUGAAGGACAAAGUCAUUUUCAUCACAGGAGGAACUGCGGGGUUGGGAGCUGCUUCGGUGGAAGCACUUGCCAGGCAUGAUCCAGCACAUAUAUAUUUCAGCGGUCGGAAUGCGAAAGCCGGAGAAGCUCUGGUGGAUAAAGUCGGAAAUACGAAAGCUUUGGCGGCUCUCACAUUUAUCGAAAUGGACCUUUCCUCCUUAUCGUCCGUCAAAGCGGCUGCUCGAAAAUUCGCGCACAACCGACUUGAUAUAUUGAUAUGCAACGCUGGUAUUCUGAAUGUGCCGCCGUCCCUUAGCAAAGACGGCUACGAGAUAUUCUUCGCGACUAACCAUCUAGGACAUGCUAUGUUGAUCCAGCAGCUGUUACCCAUCAUGAUCAAUACAAGCGAGAUAGAAGCAGCAGAUGUGCGGAUUGUGUGCCUAGCAUCCCCAGCAUGGCGUAUGCACCCAAAAGGAGGAGUGGAUUUCCCGAAGUUGACGACUGUGUCGGACGGAGUUGUUGGAUCGUUCUAUCGACUAGGGCAGAGUAAAUUAGCUAAUAUCGUCUAUGCCGCUGAGUUAGCAAGGCGCUACCCAAAUAUCCUCUCUGUUUCAGUACACCCCGGAGUAACAGAGACCGGCAUGAUAACAAAUUUGCCUCCAUGGAGGAAGACACUGGUGCAUGGAUCCCUUUGGAUGCAAGGUCAGAGUAUCAUGAAGCAGGAACAAGGCAUCUUAAGCCAACUUUGGGCGGCCGCCGGCGCAAAAAGGAGUGAGAUUGUCAAUGGCGCAUUUUACAUGCCAGUAGGUGUGCUGACCACUGAUAAAUUGGACAAAACAGCCAAAAGCGAGAAGCUAGGAACGGACUUGUGGGAAUGGACAGAACAGGCGCUGGGAGGUGUCAAAGGGAAUUGA